AUGGCGGCAACAGGAGGACUGGCCCUGUCGCUCCUGGUCGUGACGGUCCUGCUGGUGUCGGCUGACGCGUUCGGAUAUCGCCGUGACAGCGUGAGCCCGUUCACCUUGCUGGCGGAGCGCGGCUGCCUGCCGGACAACUUCACCGAGCCAGCGGAGGUGACGGCGGCGCUGGCUGCCUGCCGCCCCCAGCGGUCGUCGUUCAGCGGGUUCGGGUUCCGCAGGCGCCGCGGCAGAUACAGGCGGUCACCAUUCGGGUUUUUCAGGCGCCAUCGCAGAAGUGGGGCUGGCACGCUCCUGCAGUGUCUGGCAGAACGGCUCGAAAUCACUAACAGCACCGGCCUGAACGUGCCGGCGCUGGAGACACUGAUCGACUCGCUCUCGUCCAACACCACGUGGACGGACCAGCAGAAGGCGAACGUGAAUGCCUGCGUGAGCGCGAUGGACGCCAGCCUAAGCGCGCCGCAGCAGGGCGUCUACAUCCUCGCCUGCCUGAAGAAGCGAGCGCUGCUCGACUGCACCGCCGCCUCCAGCGGCACGGCCUGCCUGCGGGUCAGCUCGCUGAUCAGCCACUGCAGCGCCAGCGCGCGCUCACUCGUCUCCAGGACCACCUGGUGGACCUGCAAAAUGGGGUCUCUCUCGUCGAUCACGCUGGCUGGCCUCAAUGCGCUCGGCCAGCGCCUGCUGGGCUCCUCGGGGGAGACGUGCACCCUCGCAGACGACGCCUUCAGCGACGUCAUCAACUGCACGCUGCAGGCGAGCGGUCUGGCCAGCGGCGACGACGUCAACACCACUGCCGUCCGCCUCGCGAUCGAGGACAGCGGCGACGCGCAAUCCGACAAGGACAUGCGACUCGCCCUGCUGGACGCCUGUGUGGAGCGCGGCGCCGAGACGGUCGCCGAGUUCAUCGACUGCUGGGGCGAACUGGCGCCGUACUCGUGCGCCAACGAUGACGCUAACCAGCUGGCGCUGUCCUGGCAACCCUCGGCCCCUAGAAACAACAGACGCUUCGGAUCCCGCAGACGCUUCAGCCGCAGGCGGUGGGGCCGCCGUUAGCGGAGGACAGGACGAGAAGGCAGGCCCUG